GCUUUGUUUAACUACCUAUAUGGGCAUCAUAAGAUGACCAUCUACCUCAGUGUAGUUAUAGAAUGAGCAUUAGUAGCAUGUUAAAAUCUUAAGUUAUUAACAUUUUGAAACCCUUGUUAUACUGCAGUCCAUAUAGCUCUUUGCUUGCAGUAUUUUUUAAUUCUAAAAAUUAGAAAUCCGAUAUAUUUAACUUUUACUUUUCUUUAAAACAUGUUUAAGUUCAUUAGCACCAUAUCCCUAAUUUUGACUCCCUAUCUACUUAAUUUAAUGUUAAGUUUUAUUUUAAAAGUCAUUGAAGGUAAAUGGUUCACUCCAUAACACCUAACAGAAACCUUCAAAUAAAUGCAUGGGAUGUUUUUGUUUUAAAUAAAUGAGUAGGCUACUUUUAUUUCUUCAGUACUAACUUCCUGUUGAUAAUUUGGGGCCAAAAAAAAAAAAAAAACUCCCUCUUUGUGUAUCAGUAUACCAAGGGUUGCAAUGGAUUUUUUUCCCCUUUUUUUGGUGGAAAUUGAAGAUUUCCUGUAGCUUAGGUGCCAGAUGGGCACUGGGUGUUUUAUUUUUAUGCCAGAUUUUCUUGUUCAUUCUUGUUAUAUUUUCUAGAAUAUCUCUAAAUAAUAAAUUCUUCUCUCUGUUAUUUGUGUGUGUGAUUUUUGUAGUGGAGAAGGCAAAUGCAAAACCCUUCCAGAUGACUGAAAAACAGUGGGUCCUCUGCAGCUACAGGGGAUUCUAGACAUUAACUAAAGGCCAGCAAGCACUCAAGCCCCCCCAAGUGUUUUCCUGGUGUAACAAUUUGUUAACUACAUUUCUCUCUUUUUACAUUUUAGGCUGUUAAAGUAAUUUGACAGAAAAAAAAUGCAGGUUUUUUGGACCUAUAAAUGCCACUGUGACGAGACAGCACUAUUAUGCCAUUUUGUAAAAUUUUCUAAGGCAUAUUUUAUAAUUAGUUUGUUCCCAGUGUACUACUACUUGAUUUGCUUUUUGGUAACUAUAAAUUUUUAUCAAAUCAUUAACAUGAUAAAAAAAAAAGUUACUGGAUUUUAAGUUUAAAAACUAAUAAAUAUACUGACCAGAAUUUACCUGCCUUACCCUUGCUUUAGUAAACUGGUCAGUGGAAACAGUCUUGUUAAUUGUUGAAUUUACAUGCGAUCUUUGAAUAUAAAUGUUAAGACUUGCACCAUACAUUGUAAGAAUUGUGGAAUGUCUCAAAAAAAAUUACCUUUGGUUUUCUAAAGAGAUUAAAGUAUAUUCAAGGUGGGUUAAGGCAUGCUAUAUCUGUACAUCUGUACAUCUGUCUCCAUAAUAUUAAAGUGUUUGAGCCCAAUAUUACAGUUUUUAUAGAUACUUGAUUUUUGAGUUUGUGUAUACUUGGGUUCAGCAAUUUCUUUUAUGUUAGUCUGCCUGCUGUAUGGUAAGACUUAACCACCAACAAAAAGUUUACAGAAUUCAAAUUCAAGAUGAGAAAAAUAUACAGCUCUCAAAACAAAGGUCAUAUAAUGUAAUUUACAAAUGUUAUAGUUAAUCUUUAAUUUUAAAUGAAUUCUUAUUGGCUAAGUGUUAUCAUUUUCAAGCCUGGGCCAUAGUACAGUAUAUCAUAACUGGCUUUUAUAAGUAAUUUUAGACCACAGUCAUUUUUGUAGAUUAUUCUUGAAAGUGAAGUUUGAGGGAUUAUAUAUAGAAUUGAUAGAAAUAUUUAGCUUAGAAAUUUAUAUUUGUUGUACUUAUUUGUAGUAUGAUAAUGCUAUAUUAAUGUUACCUCCUCAAGUAAUGAUGUAUUCAAUCCUUUUGUCACCAUUCACUCUGGUUUUAGCUCUUACACUUACUUAGGUGUUGGUUAUGCUCAGUGUUUAGAACAAUAGACACAAAGUAUACGGUAAGGUAUAGUUUUAAUUGGUAAGAAUGAGAUAGCUAGAUUUUGAAGGGACUCUUAAUAGUAAUGGAUUUGGGGGAUAUCUAGGUUCCUUGGUUAAUGUUUGUUUCUUUUGUCUGUUUCUUUUUCUUUCAUUUCUACACAUUCAUGCAGUAUUUCAUGGUUCUAUCAAAGCAGCAGUAAAAAAAAUACUCUUGACGCAUGAAAAUUAACUGUUCUUUUCCCUGGUUCAGCCUGAACUAUAUACCAGGCCCUGCUGAAAAUACCACCCAACAGUUUUCUUCUGCAGCUUAUCCAGUUUCUCUUAAGUGCCCUGUACAUAUUGUAUGUUUUAUGAUGAGAUGCAGUUUCUUAAUAUGUAUUACAGAAAUACUACUGGUAUUUGCAAAUAUGUAGUUUAAUUGUAUUAUUGAACUCUCAUUUCGGGGGCUUGGGCACAUUAACAGAUUAAUCCAUCUGUAUAGGGCUUUUGCUGUUGGAUAGAAUUUAAAUUGUCUACAUAAAUUGUCUUAGGACCCUUAGAUUUUAUCUGAAUACACAGAUUAGGCUUUAAAAACAGACAUAUAUGUCGUUUUGGCUUAAGGAGUUUGGCUAAGUUAGCUUUUGAACUGACACUAUAUAGCAUCAUUUUUUGGUAUGGGUUAGCAUGGCACAUGUGGGGACAUAAAGCAUUUUACAGGUAAGGAAUGUGCCAUGUUGUUUUGCCUGUUCUCUCUUUCUCACUCACUCCCCCACACACAUCCAGUGUGUAUUCAGAGCCCUUCAGAAACAUUCAUUUUCAUGAAUCAGCAAAAGCCCUACGCUUGAUUCCAACAGAAUAUUUCCUUUACAUUUCCUUUCUUAAAUUUUACAAAAUUUGUAUGGUAGGUGUAAAGAAAAUAAAUCAUAGUAACUGUACCAUAUUAUUAACCCCUAAAUCAAACUUUUUUUGUCUUGUGUAUCUUGAUUUUUCUGUGUGCUUUAUAGUGAAGCAGCCGACACGAGUCGUUGUUCAUAAAACAGCUUUUGAAAGUUGAGAGCACACCCCUGGAGAACCGACUGUGCUUGCUUACGUUUGGUUCAUGACUUAAAAAUCGAGUACAGGUGAUGAAAUCUUGGCAGUGUUAACAAAAAAGUAGUGUGUAUUGUGCUAUUUUUUUACUCUAGAAACUUAACCAUAUGUAGAGAAAAAGGAAACAAAUUUUCACACAUUGAAGUUUCAUUCUGACAUAAAAUUAAUAAUAAAUAAUCAUAGAGAUCAAGCUUUGUAUUUUAGCGAACAUAAAGUACUUUCAGCAAACUCAGGUGGUGUAUCAGGGAGACAUUUUCUGGGUGUUUUUGUGUGUUUUCUGCCUCACAAGAGAGUGUGUUCUCAUGCAUGGAUGUUUCCCUGCAGGAGUUAUUCCUGAUGAGACUAAGGCUUUGUCUCUGUUGGCACCAGCUAAUGCAGUGGCAGGUCUUCUGCCUGGUGGUGGUCUCCUGCCUACACCUAACCCACUUACCCAGAUUGGCGCUGUUCCAUUGGCUGCUUUAGGAGCUCCUACUCUUGAUCCUGCCCUUGCUGCACUUGGGCUUCCUGGAGCAAACUUGAACUCUCAGUCUCUUGCUGCAGAUCAGUUGCUGAAGCUUAUGAGUACUGUUGAUCCCAAGGGCAUCUUUAGCCUUGCCAGUCAGGAUUUCAUGUGUAACUUUGGUCGGCCAUUGGCCACUGCCUCAGUUUCUCCCCAUCUGCAAACUAAAAGGUUGAAUCAUGUAGCUGCUGGUCUUGUUUCACCAAGUCUGAAAUCAGAUACUUCUAGUAAAGAAAUAGAGGAAGCCAUGAAAAGAGUACGAGAAGCCCAAUCCCUGAUAUCUGCUGCUAUAGAGCCAGAUAAAAAAGAAGAAAAAAGAAGGCAUUCAAGAUCAAGAUCACGUUCACGCAGGAGGCGGACUCCUUCAUCUUCCAGACACAGGCGAUCAAGAAGCAGGUCCAGGAGGCGAUCGCAUUCUAAAUCAAGGAGUAGACGACGAUCCAAAAGUCCAAGACGGAGAAGAUCUCAUUCCAGAGAAAGAGGUAGAAGGUCAAGGAGCACAUCAAAAACCAGAGAUAAAAAGAAGGAAGACAAAGAAAAGAAACGUUCCAAAACACCACCAAAAAGUUACAGCACCGCCAGACGUUCUAGAAGUGCAAGCAGUUUGCACAUUUCUGAUUUUAGAGAGAGACGAAGAAGAAGAAGCCGAAGUGGGACAAGAUCUCCUAAAAAACCUAGGUCUCCUAAAAGAAAAUUGUCACGCUCACCGUCCCCUAGGAGACAUAAAAAGGAGAAGAAGAAAGAUAAAGACAAAGAAAGAAGCAGAGAUGAAAGGGAACGAUCAACAAGCAAAAAGAAGAAAAGUAAAGAUAAGGAAAAGGAUCGGGAAAAAAAAUCAGAGAGUGAUAAAGAUGUAAAACAGGUUACACGGGAUUAUGAUGAAGAAGAACAGGGCUAUGACAGUGAAAAAGAGAAGAAAGAGGAGAAGAAAUCAGCAGACUCUGGGUCCCCUAAAACCAAGGAAUGUUCUGUUGAAAAAGGAACUGGUGAUUCACUAAGAGAAUCCAAAGUGAAUGGGGAUGAUCAUCAUGAGGAAGACAUGGAUAUGAGUGACUGAAUAUUGCCUCUGUAGGAAUCCAGCUGUACCCAUGCAUCAGUGUCAUUCCUUUGUGUGAUUUUUAAUGCUGUAAUUGUUCAUCUCAAACUUAGAUGUAUACAGCUCAAAAUUACGAAUGGUUAUAAAGCUGAUACUGAUACUUAUUUACAUCAAAAAGCUUUUAGAAAAUGGUAACCAACUUUUGUUAUGGUAAAAUCUGAGUAAACCAAGCAGUUUUACUAUUCUGGUGCUGCUUCAUAAUGAAAAUGAAAAGCUGCAUGCAUCUACAGCAGGCAUGGAUUGUUUAUGUUGUAUAAUCCCUUUUAUUAAGUAAGUUCACUUAUAGUAAUUCUAGAAUUUGAGUCAUUGCUGUAAUAGAGCCAUGUAGGGAAUGCACUGAUUGCAUGUUACUGUGGCAAGAAUAUCCUAAAUGUCAUUAAAAAUCCUCCAACAUGAUGGAUCUACUUAUGGUCUUGUUGACAUGACAAAUUAACAUUUCUUAGAGUUACAUCUGGAAACGAAUUUGAAGUAGAUAAUCCUUCAAGCCUUAUGGCUAAAUUUUGUGGCUUUGUUUAACUUAGAAAGGUUAUAUAUGCACUAACCUUUUUUAUGGCUAAUUAGGCUCUAAUUAAAGAAACAAGAUUUCAGAUAAAACUUCUCAGUAAGUAAUAGCAAAAUAUUUUGAAGUAGAAUUGUAUACUUUUCCAUAGGUAUUUAGGACUUUGUUUCCUGCAGUAAUUUAUUUCAUACCUGCAUCCCAUGAAAGCUAUCCACUUAUCCUGAGUCUGUUUUAAAUUUUUUUUCUUGUCCUGAUUUCAAUUUUCCACUUUGGUUUGUUUUAAACUCACUGUUGGGGGGUGGGGGUGGAAAUGAUAGUGCAUUUUAAAUUGACCUUCACAUGCUUUUUAAAUAUUAAGACAAAUUACUUGAUGAUGUACUUUUAUUUGAUCUCGAGUUGUAUAAAACCAAUUUGUGUUUCUCUUACUGCAUAGUAAUCUUAUGCACAGUGAUUCCAUGUUAUAUGCGUAGUUAGGCAACUGUUUUCUUAGUUACAGGAUUUCAAGCUUGACUUUUGUGCAGUUAAAACAAAAGUAGGCUACAGUCUGUGCCAUGUUGAUGUACAGUUUCUGAAAUUGUUUUACAUGACUUUGAUAAUAAAACCCUUAAACUUA